CGAUCUUGAUGCCGAAUGACCACAGAUACGCUGUUUGCCAGUGGGCGGCAUGGCUGUCAGGUCUCUGCGCGGUCCCUCUCCACCAAGGUUUACCCGCAUCUUUAUUGGAUUACCAUAUCAAGGACAGUCAAUCCGAGCUCGUCAUCGUUUCGGAAGACCUCCUCGGGAAACUGGCAGACGUUCGAAUUGACCAGGAUAAAAUCAUUGUCAUCCCAGAGCUCAUGGAGGAAUCAACGCUGGAGGCUGCGAAAAAAGCGCUCUCGGACGAGCAGCACUUCAUCUUCAAAUUAAGGGAUCGAGAUGCUCAAAUUGUGUACACUUCAGGCACAACUGGCUCUCCGAAGGGAGUCGUGACUUCUCAUCGGCAGAUACACGCACAAACUGCGGCGGUAGUCUCGGAAUGGGCAUUGACCGCAGACGAUACGGUUCUCCAUCAUUUACCGCUGCAUCACGUUCACGGAAUCGUGAACGCACUCAUGGCGCCCCUGUAUGCGCAGGCCAAGGUCCGCAUGUUGCCCAAAUUCUCGCCGGAUGAGGUUUGGAGAGAGCUUUUGCGGGAAGACAGCACCGUCAAUGUUCUUAUGGGCGUGCCCACGACGUACGCGAAACUUAUCGAUUUCGCAAGGGAACGCUUCCUUUCGUCUGGAGAAAAAGCUUCCAUCAGAGAUCUCCUGCAAGUGAAGCUUCGCUUAUGCACCUGCGGGUCGGCUUCGCUUCCCGACUCGAUACUCGAAGCGUGGCGGGAGUUGACCGGACACAUGCUCUUGGAACGGUACGGCAUGUCCGAGUUCGGCAUGGGACUCGGCAACCCCUUGGCAGAGGAGGGUAGGAAAGUAGGUUUCGUGGGACGUCCUUUCCCUGGGAUCGAAGUGAGGAUCUCGAGACGCGAUGCUUAUUCGAAGGGAGGUCUUAAGACAUUGAUCCAAGCGGACAAAUAUUCUACCAGGACCAUCGAGUACGAGGAGGGGGGAAACGGCGAUCUCCUGAUAAGGGGACCGCAGGUCUUCUCUUCAUACUUCAAUAGACCGGAGGAGACGAAAAAGAGUUUCACACAUGACGGCUGGUUCAUCACCGGUGACAUCGCCUCGUUCGAUGGCGAAGCAUUCAAAAUUUUGGGGCGAAGCUCGGUGGAUAUAAUCAAACGCGGAGGCUAUAAAGUAUCUGCUCUCGAGGUGGAGAGAGCUCUUCUCCAGCACCCAGAGAUAUCAGAAGCAGCUGUCUUCGGUAUUCCGGACGUGGUAUACGGAGAGAAGAUCGUUGCUGCUAUAGUCACUCCGAAAGGAUUGGUUUUGUCGCAAGUUCAAGAGUUUUGUGCCAAGCAUGUACCCCCAAGCUCUGUACCGAAUGAGUUAGUGAUUGUCGAGAGUAUACCCAGAAACGCACUGGGCAAAGUCAACAAGGUGGAAUUCAAGACGAAGCUCUUCCCGAAUAUCAAAGGUGUAGAUAAAUAAACAACUUCACAG